GUAUCACUUGGAUAAUAAAAAUUUUACGAAACAGACAUAGGAACUAUUGGUAAAUGAAAAUAGUUACAGUUUUUCUGCUUGUAGUAUGGGCGAAGAGUUUGGACAGUGGUCCUAUACGGACAGCGUCUGUGGGGAGCGUCUUGGCAGAUAUUCAAAACCUUGCUAAGAGCUUAGGCUCAACGGUCAAAGUACCAACAGUAUCACCAUCAACUGCAAAAAUAAUACUUACAAAUCCACCUACAGUUAGGCCAGUAGUGACAACGACAACACCGAAACCGGUAACAACAACAAAAACUACACCGAAACCCGCUGCUACAACAUCUACAACGACUUCAACUACAACAACAACAACUACUACAACAACAACCACUUCGACAACUACUGCCGAUCCAGCAGUAACUGCCGGAGAUUUAGUCAAUCAGCUUAUGAAUUUACUUCACGGAGAGCCUCUUGACUAUGCAAAGAUAGACGAAGUCAUAACGAAACUUAUAGACGUACUCAUAAAACAGUCUUCCAGUUCUACUACCACCACCACAACUACCACGGCUGCGCCAACUACUACACCUCCAACUGAGGAACAAACAACAACUGCAGCUCCUUCCCCAACAUCUGAUGAUUCCCUUCCUGUCGAGAUCAUAGAACAGUUAAUUGAAUUAUUACAAAGUUUAACAGGUCAACCACCUACAACGUGUGACCUGAUAGAAAAAUUAUUAGUACAGUUAAAUAUAUGUCUUGAAAAUGCUGGAGGUACUAGUGGUGACAUAACUACUGCCGGACCAAAUGGUGAAGUAACUACUGCCGGACCAAAUGGUGAAGUAACUACUGCCGGACCAAAUGGCGAAGUAUCAACUGCAGGCUCAGAUGGCGAAAUUACAACUGUAGGCCCAGAUGGUGAAAUUACAACUGCAGGACCAGAUAGUGAAGUUACAACUGCAGGUCCCGAUGGAGAAAUUACAACUGCUGGUCCAGAUGGCGAAGUAACAACGGCAGGCCCAGAUGGCGAAGUAACUACUGCCGGUCCAGAUGGCGAAGUAACUACUGCCGGUCCAGAUGGCGAAGUAACUACUGCCAGUCAAGAUGGCGAAGUAACUACUGCCGGUCCAGAUGCUGAAGUAACUACUGCCACUCCAGAUGCUGAAGUAACAACUGCCGGCCCAGAUGGCGAAAUUACAACUGCUGGUCCAGAUGGUGAAAUUACAACUCCUGGUCCAGAUGGAGAAAUUACAACUGCAGGCCCAGAUGGUGAAAUAACUACUGCUGGUCCAGAUGGCGAAAUUACAACUGCUGGUCCAGAUGGAGAAAUUACAACUGCAGGCCCAGAUGGAGAAAUUACAACUGCUGGUCCAGAUGGAGAAAUUACAACUGCAGGCCCAGAUGGUGAAAUAACUACUGCUGGUCCAGAUGGAGAAAUUACAACUGCAGGCCCAGAUGGAGAAAUUACAACUGCUGGCCCAGAUGGUGAAAUAACUACUGCUGGUCCAGAUGGCGAAAUUACAACUGCUGGUCCAGAUGGAGAAAUUACAACUGCUGGUCCAGAUGGUGAAAUAACUACUGCUGGUCCAGAUGGCGAAAUUACAACUGCAGGCCCAGAUGGUGAAAUAACUACUGCUGGUCCAGAUGGAGAAAUUACAACUGCUGGUCCAGAUGGAGAAAUUACAACUGCAGGCCCAGAUGGUGAAAUUACAACUGCAGGCCCAGAUGGUGAAAUAACUACUGCUGGUCCAGAUGGCGAAAUUACAACUGCUGGUCCAGAUGGAGAAAUUACAACUGCAGGCCCAGAUGGUGAAAUAACUACUGCUGGUCCAGAUGGCGAAAUUACAACUACAAGCCCAGAUGGUGAAGUAACAACUGCUGGUCCAGAUGGCGAAAUUACAACUGCUGGUCCAGAUGGCGAAAUUACAACUGCUGGUCCAGAUGGAGAAAUUACAACUGCUGGUCCAGAUGGAGAAAUUACAACUGCUGGUCCAGAUGGAGAAAUUACAACUGCUGGCCCAGAUGGCGAAAUUACAACUGCAGGCCCAGAUGGCGAAAUUACAACUGCAGGCCCAGAUGGCGAAAUUACAACUGCAGGGCCAGAUAGUGAAGUUACAACUGCUGGUCCAGAUGGCGAAAUUACAACUGCUGGUCCAGAUGGCGAAAUUACAACUGCAGGCCCAGAUGGAGAAAUUACAACUGCUGGUCCAGAUGGAGAAAUUACAACUGCUGGUCCAGAUGGAGAAAUUACAACUGCAGGCCCAGAUGGUGAAAUAACUACUGCUGGUCCAGAUGGCGAAAUUACAACUGCAGGCCCAGAUGGUGAAAUUACAACUGCUGGUCCAGAUGGCGAAAUUACAACUGCAGGCCCAGAUGGAGAAAUUACAACUGCUGGUCCAGAUGGAGAAAUUACAACUGCUGGCCCAGAUGGUGAAAUAACUACUGCUGGUCCAGAUGGAGAAAUUACAACUGCUGGUCCAGAUGGCGAAAUUACAACUGCAGGUCCAGAUGGCGAAAUUACAACUGCUGGUCCAGAUGGCGAAAUUACAACUGCAGGUCCAGAUGGCGAAAUUACAACUGCUGGUCCAGAUGGCGAAAUUACAACUGCAGGCCCAGAUGCCGAAAUUACAACUGCUAGUCCAGAUGGCGAAAUUACAACUGCUGGCCCAGAUGGUGAAAUAACUACUGCUGGUCCAGAUGGCGAAAUUACAACUGCAGGCCCAGAUGGAGAAAUUACAACUGCUGGUCCAGAUGGUGAAAUUACAACUGCUGGCCCAGAUGGCGAAAUUACAACUGCUGGCCCAGAUGGUGAAAUAACUACUGCUGGUCCAGAUGGCGAAAUUACAACUGCUGGUCCAGAUGGAGAAAUUACAACUGCAGGCCCAGAUGGUGAAAUAACUACUGCUGGUCCAGAUGGAGAAAUUACAACUGCUGGCCCAGAUGGUGAAAUUACAACUGCUGGUCCAGAUGGAGAAAUUACAACUGCAGGCCCAGAUGGUGAAAUAACUACUGCUGGUCCAGAUGGAGAAAUUACAACUGCUGGUCCAGAUGGCGAAAUUACAACUGCUGGUCCAGAUGGCGAAAUUACAACUGCAGGUCCAGAUGGCGAAAUUACAACUGCUGGUCCAGAUGGCGAAAUUACAACUGCAGGCCCAGAUGCCGAAAUUACAACUGCUGGUCCAGAUGGUGAAAUAACUACUGCUGGUCCAGAUGGCGAAAUUACAACUGCUGGUCCAGAUGGAGAAAUUACAACUGCAGGCCCAGAUGGUGAAAUAACUACUGCUGGUCCAGAUGGAGAAAUUACAACUGCAGGACCAGAUGGCGAAAUUACAACUGCAGGACCAGAUGGUGAAAUAACAACUGCUGGGCCAGAUAGUGAAGUUACAACUGCUGGUCCAGAUGGCGAAAUUACAACUGCUGGUCCAGAUGGCGAAAUUACAACUGCAGGCCCAGAUGGAGAAAUUACAACUGCAGGCCCAGAUGGCGAAAUUACAACUGCAGGGCCAGAUAGUGAAGUUACAACUGCUGGUCCAGAUGGCGAAAUUACAACUGCAGGUCCAGAUGGCGAAAUUACAACUGCUGGCCCAGAUGGUGAAAUAACUACUGCUGGUCCAGAUGGCGAAAUUACAACUGCUGGUCCAGAUGGAGAAAUUACAACUGCAGGCCCAGAUGGUGAAAUAACUACUGCUGGACCAGAUAACGAAAUUACAACCGCAGGACCAGAUGGCGAAAUUACAACUGCAGGCCCAGAUGGUGAAAUAACAACUGCUGGGCCAGAUAGUGAAGUUACAACUGCUGAUCCAGAUGGCGAAAUUACAACUGCUGGACCAGAUGGCGAAAUUACAACUGCUGGUCCAGAUGGCGAAAUUACAACUGCUGGUCCAGAUGGAGAAAUUACAACUGCAGGCCCAGAUGGUGAAAUAACUACUGCUGGUCCAGAUGGAGAAAUUACAACUGCAGGACCAGAUGGCGAAAUUACAACUGCAGGACCAGAUGGCGAAAUUACAAGCGCAGGACCAGAUGGCGAAAUUACAACCGCAGGACCAGAUGCCGAAAUUACAACUGCAGGCCCAGAUGGUGAAAUAACAACUGCUGGUCCAGAUGGAGAAAUUACAACUGCAGGCCCAGAUGGCGAAGUAACAACUGCAGGUCCAGAUGGCGAAAUUACAACUGCUGGUCCAGAUGGAGAAAUUACAACUGCAGGCCCAGAUGGUGAAAUAACUACUGCUGGUCCAGAUGGAGAAAUUACAACUGCAGGACCAGAUGGCGAAAUUACAACUGCAGGACCAGAUGGCGAAAUUACAACUGCUGGUCCAGAUGGCGAAAUUACAACUGCUGGUCCAGAUGGCGAAAUUGCAACUGCAGGCCCAGAUGGAGAAAUUACAACUGCUGGUCCAGAUGGCGAAAUUACAACUGCAGGCCCAGAUGGAGAAAUUACAACUUCUGGUCCAGAUGGAGAAAUUACAACUGCAGGACCAGAUGGCGAAAUUACAACUGCAGGACCAGAUGCCGAAAUUACAACCGCAGGACCAGAUGGCGAAAUUACAACUGCUGGACCAGAUGGUGAAGUAACGACGGCUAGCCCAGACUCAUCAACGGCACCUUCGUGUGAAGGUGCUACACAGCUUAUUGACGAACUCCAAAAUACUGAAAUGAGCCCGGAAGUUUUGGAAACCAAAGUAGCAGACGUAACUGUUGAAAUUGACAUAGUCAUCGACGCAGUCAGCAAAUCGUCAACGUCUGUAUCGUCGAUCAGCGUGGAGUCCAUAAACAUUUUGAUAGAGCUGUUAACAGCGCAACUUGAUUCGAGACCAGCUUCAACAUGUGACAUAAUAAAUGCACUUUUAGCGAAACUCGAAGAACUAUACACAAUCAUAUCAAGUCGCUCUAACGCGGCAGAAACAACAGUGAGUCCAGAUGGUGAAGUAACAACUGCUGGUCCAGAUGGCGAAAUUACAACUUCAGGCCCAGAUGGUGAAAUAACAACUGCAGGUCCAGAUGGCGAAGUAACUACUGCCAGCCCAGACUCAUCUACCGCACCGUCAUGUGAAGAAGCUGCACAGCUUACUGAAGAACUCCAAGAUCCUAAUAUGAGCACGGAAGUUUUGGAAACUAAAGUAACAGACGUAACUGUUGAAAUUGACAUAGUCAUCGCCGCAGUCAGUAAAUCGUCAACAUGUGUAUCGUCGAUCAGCGUGGAGUCCAUAAACAUUUUGAUAGAGUUGUUAACAGCGCAACUUGAUUCGAGACCAGCUUCAACAUGUGACCUAAUAAAUUCACUUUUAGCUAAACUCGAAGAACUAUCAACAAUCAUAACAAGUCGCUCUACCGCGGAAGAAACAACUGCAGGUCCAGAUGGCGAAGUAACUACUGCCAGCCCAGACUCAUCUACCGCACCGUCAUGUGAAGAAGCUGCACAGCUUAUUGAAGAACUCCAAGAUCCUAACAUGAGCACGGAAGUUUUAGAAACUAAAGUAACAGACGUAACUGUUGAAAUUGACAUAGUCAUCGACGCAGUCAGCAAAUCAUCAACAUGUGUAUCGUCGAUCAGCGUGGAGUCCAUAAACAUUUUGAUAGAAUUGUUAACAGCUCAACUUGAGUCGAGACCAGCUUCAACAUGUGACCUAAUAAACGCACUUUUAGCUAAACUCGAAGAACUAUCAACAAUCAUAUCAAGUCGCUCUAACGCGGCAGAAACAACAGUGAGUCCAGAUGGUGAAGUAACAACUGCCGGUCCAGAUGGCGAAAUAACAACUGCUGGUCCAGAUGGCGAAAUUACAACGGCAGGCCCAGAUGGAGAAAUAACAACUGCUGGUCCAGAUGGCGAAAUUACAACUGCUGGUCCAGAUGGUGAAAUUACAACUGCAGGCCUAGAUGGCGAAAUUACAACUGCUGGUCCAGAUGGUGAAAUAACAACUGCUGGUCCAGAUGGUGAAAUAACAACUGCUGGCCCAGAUGGUGAAAUUACAACUGCUGGACCAGAUGGUGACAUUACAACUGCUGGUCCAGAUGGCGAAAUUACAACAGCAGGCCCAGAUGGUGAAAUUACAACUGCUGGACCAGAUGGCGAAAUUACAACAGCAGGCCCAGAUGGUGAAAUAACCACUGCUGCUCCAGAUGGCGAAAUAACAACUGCUGGUCCAGAUGGUCAAAUAACAACUGCUGGCCCAGAUGGUGAAAUUACAACUGCAGGUCCCGACGGUGAAAUUACAACUGCUGGUCCAGAUGGCGAAAUUACAACAGCAGGCCCAGAUGGUGAAAUAACCACUGCUGCUCCAGAUGGCGAAAUAACAACUGCUGGUCCAGAUGGAGAAAUAACAACUGCAGGCCCAGAUGACGAAAUUACAACUGCAGACCCAGAUGGAAAAAUUACAACUGCAGGUCCAGAUGGCGAAAUUACAACUGCAGGUACAGGUGGCGAAAUAACAACUGCUCGUCCAGAUGGCGAAAUAACGACAGCAGGCCCAGAAGAAGGUUCGACUGACGGCCCAGUUACAUACUAA